CCGGGGGAGCCGGCGGCUGUUUGGGGAGCGGCGGUUCUCGAACGGCGAGGGCGGAGCACCGCGGGGGACUCCGCCGCCGCCGGGGAGGGUCGGCCAGCGUCUGUGCAGAGACUUUGGACUGCAGUCUCUAGCACAGAAUAACUGAGAGAAGCUGGCUGAGACUAUCGCUCAAACUCUGUACGCCUGACAGAACAGUUAGGAUGGGAAAUAGCGCAUUAAAAGCCCACCUGGAGACAGCACAGAAAACUGGUGUGUUUCAGCUAACGGGAAAGGGACUUACAGAGUUUCCUGAAGAUCUGCAGAAGCUAACAAGCAACUUAAGGACAAUAGACUUGUCGAACAACAAAAUAGAGCUCUUGCCACCACUCAUUGGAAAAUUUUCCUUUUUGAAGAGCCUUGUUCUAAACAACAACAAACUGACUGCUUUACCUGAGGAGCUGUGUAAACUGAAAAAACUGGAAACAUUACACUUGAGUGGCAAUCACUUGAGGCAGCUACCAGCUGCGUUUGGACAACUUUCAGCUCUCAAAACCCUGAGCCUUUCUGGAAACCAGCUUCGGACUGUGCCUGCACAGCUCUGUGGUCUUCGCCACUUGGAUGUGGUAGAUCUUUCCAAAAACCAGAUCCAAAAUGUGCCCGACACUGUGGGAGAAUUGCAGGCUAUCGAACUCAAUUUGAAUCAGAAUCAGAUUUCCCAGAUCUCUGUGCAGAUCUCCCACUGUCCACGCCUCAAAGUCUUGCGUUUAGAAGAAAACUGUCUAGAACUCAGCAUGCUUCCUCAAAGUAUCCUCAGUGAUUCCCAGAUCUCACUGCUUGCAGUAGAAGGCAACCUCUUUGAAAUCAAGAAACUCAGAGAACUGGAAGGUUAUGACAAGUACAUGGAACGAUUUACAGCUACAAAAAAGAAGUUUGCAUGACUUUUAUUCUGACCCUGUGUAUUCCCAGUAAGAAGAGCCAGUGACUGAAGCACCUGCCUCACUGACUUAAACCAAGACUGGUGAAGGAGAUGAUCAGAGUACUCCUCCUCUAGUAGUCUGAUGUGGUCGGUUAAGGCCAUAUUGAAUAAACUUGAACUAGAGAACAUGGGUAUUGAACUGAUGAACCUGCCCAGGGGCCAGUUUUGAUUUUUGUGCCACUAUAGCUUUUAACACAAUACAUGUUCUCCUUUGUCAGGGCUUGUUCUUUCACAGAGAAAGGGAAUGAGCAUUUCCAUGUUGCCAGUUCCCUUUUGUCAGGAAGCUGGCUGUUGAUUUGUAAGAGGAUCAUUUCUUCUAGAAACAUUUUUCCAUGCUAGCACAUGGAAGGUCUACCACCAAAGCAGAUCUGAAACAUUUUGUGUCUUGCAGUAAGCGCUAUUCUACAGAGAACUUUUACAGAUGAGGUUUUAGUUUAUAACUUGUGUAAGUUUUUUAUGAAGCACAAAUAGUUGUGGCUAAUUGUUUUAUUAACUGCUUCCGGUAAACAAAUCAUGGUUUGAGCAUCCUUCAUUCAGAUUUUACUGUAUGGGCUUUCUUCUCCCAUAAGCAAGAAUUGCACUACAGUCCACUUUGCUUGAGCUGUAUCAAAUGAAAAAUGAGCUUCAUCUUCAAUGUAUUCAGUAAAAACGUAUAUUGCUGGAAAAUACAA